ACCAUUAGAUGAUACAAGUGACGACGGGGAAAUCCGCUCCCCAUUUCCUCUCCGUCUCUAUCGCUCUCUCUCUCCCUCGCUCUCUCGAUCGAUCCUAUUUCUUCUCUCUUCCUCUACUCUCUCUGUCGCGGCAGCGGCGGCACUCGUUGCUCUCAGGACAUGUUUGAUUCUGACAUUUGAGGAAAGAUUGCAAGAAAGAAAAAGAUUGUCCCAGAGUUUGGGAAUAUUACUUACACAUCUACAUGGCAAUUGUUUCUCCAAUUGGAUUACUUGCACCUAUAAACCAUUCUCACAAAGUUUGGGAAGAUCCAGCUUUUAUCAAGUGGAGGAAACGGAAUGCACAUGUACCUCUGCGUUCACAUGAUACAGUUGAAGGGUCUCUUAGAUAUUGGUAUGACCGCAGCAAAGUGGAUUUUCUGAAUUCUAAUUUAGCUACUUGGGAUGAUGAUGCUGUUUCUGGUGCUCUGGAGAGUGCUGCUUUUUGGGUCAAAGGGUUACCUUUUGUCAAAUCUUUGAGUGGGCAUUGGAAGUUCUUUUUAGCUCCUUCUCCUGAAAGUGUUCCUGUGAGCUUCUAUGAUAUUGCUUUUGAUGAUUCAGAUUGGCAAGCUCUACCAGUUCCAUCAAACUGGCAGAUGCAUGGUUUUGAUCGUCCCAUUUAUACAAACAUUGUUUAUCCUUUUCCUAUAAAUCCUCCUUAUGUUCCUUCAGACAAUCCAACUGGCUGUUACCGUAAAAAUUUUCGCAUUCCAACAGAAUGGAAAGGUCGGAGAAUAUUGCUGCAUUUUGAGGCUGUUGAUUCUGCUUUUUUUGUUUGGGUAAACGGUGUCCUUAUUGGUUAUAGCCAGGAUAGCAGACUUCCUGCCGAGUUUGAAAUUACUGAUUGCUGCUAUCCCUGUGAUUCGAGCAAGGAUAAUAUUCUCGCUGUUCAAGUCUUGAGAUGGAGUGAUGGCUCUUAUUUGGAAGAUCAAGACCAUUGGUGGUUGUCUGGCAUUCACAGAGAUGUGCUUCUUCUGUCAAAGCCUCAGGUAUUUAUUACGGAUUACUUUUUCAAAUCAACCUUGGACAAAAAUUUGGUCACGGCUGAUGUUCAGGUUGAAGUAAAACUUGAUAUAUUGAACAAUUUUGAAGAUGCUACUCUUUCCAGAUUGACUAUGGAAGCAACACUGUAUGACAAUACAGGGUGGUGUGCCUGUGGAAACAAUGAAGGAAAAGUCGACCUAAGUUCUUAUGAUGCAUUACAUUUGAAUCUGAGGUCACCAUCUAUUGGAAUCGAUGGGUUUCAUUGCUACAUAUUUGAGGGAAAAUUAGAGAGACCAAAACUUUGGUCAAGUGAGAACCCAAACUUGUACACUCUUGUGCUAGUCCUCAAAGAUGCUUCUGGAGACAUACUUGACUGUGAAUCAUGCCAGAUAGGCAUAAGACAAAUAUCUAAAGCUCCAAAACAGAUGCUUGUAAAUGGCCUUCCUGUGGUUAUUCGAGGUGUGAAUAGACAUGAGCAUCAUCCACGUACAGGAAAAACAAACCUCGAAGCAUGCAUGAUAAAGGAUUUGGUUUUGAUGAAGCAAAAUAACAUUAAUGCAGUCAGAAAUAGCCAUUACCCACAACAUCCUAGAUGGUAUGAGUUGUGUGACCUUUUUGGUCUCUACAUGAUUGACGAAGCAAAUAUCGAAACACAUGGAUUUGAUCUUUCUAGUAAAUUUAAGCAUCCUACAGUAGAACCCAGUUGGGCAACCUCUAUGCUGGAUCGUGUUAUUAGCAUGGUGGAGAGGGACAAGAACCAUGCAUGCAUUAUAGCAUGGUCUUUGGGAAAUGAAUCUGGUUAUGGUCCUAAUCAUUCUGCUAUGGCAGGUUGGAUUCGAGAGAAGGAUCCAUCCCGACUCUUGCAUUAUGAAGGUGGUGGAUCCAUGACUUCAUCAACAGAUAUUGUAUGCCCCAUGUACAUGCGUGUAUGGGAUAUUUUGAAAAUUGCUAAAGAUCCAAGUGAAAAUAGACCAUUGAUCCUUUGCGAGUACUCACAUGCAAUGGGAAACAGUAGUGGCAAUAUUCACAAGUAUUGGGAAGCUACUGAUAGGACAUUUGGGCUCCAAGGUGGCUUCAUAUGGGAUUGGGUUGACCAGGCUUUACUGAAAAUGGAUAGUGAUGGACAAAAACACUGGGCUUAUGGAGGUGACUUUGGAGACACACCCAACGAUUUGAACUUCUGUCUGAAUGGACUCACAUGGCCGGAUCGAACUCCUCACCCUGCUCUACACGAAGUGAAGUAUGUUUAUCAACCCAUAAAAGUUGUUCUGACAGAAAAUAAAGUGAAGAUAACUAAUGCACAGUUUUUUGACACAACACAAGCAAUAGAAUUCAGUUGGCACCUUCUUGGCGAUGGAUGCAGCUUGGGUUGUGGAAUACUUGACCUACCAAUAAUAUUACCCCAAGAAAGCUAUAUUAUUGAACUCGAGUCAUCCCCAUGGCACUCUCUCUGGAAAACGUGUUCACCAAGAGAAAUAUUUUUGACGAUUACUGGAAUACUUAGACAUCCAACUCGGUGGGCAAAAGAUGGCCAUGUCCUUGCUUCUACUCAAUUAAGUUUAUCCACGGAAGAUAAUUCUAUUCCUCAUGUUAUCAGAUCAAUCAACAACAUGAAUCUGAUCUCUGAGCAUGUUGGUGACACUAUAACAGUUAGGAAACAGAAUUGGCAAAUCAAAAUAAACACCCAAACUGGAACUAUUGAAAGUUGGAAGGUUGGUGACUGUUUGCUGAUAAAUCAAGGCAUACUUCCCUGCCUAUGGCGAGCACCUACCGAUAAUGAUAAGGGAGGUGGUCCCAGCAGCUAUUUCUGCAGAUGGAAAGAUGCCUUACUUGAUAAUCUUAUAUUCCUCGCAGAUGCAUGUUCUAUAAAGGAAUUGUCAAAUAAUAUGGUGCAAGUCAAAACUGUAUAUUUAGGUGUUCCAAAGGAUCAAAACAACCUGCUGAAAUCCAAAAGUUCUGUUCAUGAGUCUGAAAACCCAAGUCAUAUUCUCUGCAGAGUUGAUGUGGAUUAUUGCAUCCAUGAAUCUGGUGAUGUGAUUAUCGACUAUAACAUAAAGCCUAAGGAUGAUCUUCCACCUCUUCCACGUGUUGGGGUUGUAUUUCAUAUAGAGAAGUCACUGGAUCAUAUUAUGUGGUAUGGAAGAGGACCAUUUGAAUGUUAUCCAGAUCGAAAAGAAGGUGCCCAUGUUGGCAUAUAUGGAAGCAAUGUACGUGAUUUGCAUGUGCCUUACAUAGCUCCUGUUGAAUGUUCUGGUCGAGCAGAUGUAAGAUGGGUAGCAUUUCAAAACAGCAAUGGGUUUGGUCUAUAUGCUUCUAUAUAUGGUACAUCACCACCUAUGCAAAUGAGUGCUAGCUUCUAUGGCACUGCAGAGCUUGAAACGGCAACUCACAACCACUAUUUAGUUGAAAGAGACGACAUUGAGGUGCACCUUGACCACAAGCACAUGGGUGUAGGUGGGGAUGAUAGUUGGUCUCCUAGUGUCCAUGAUGAGUAUCUGGUGCGUCCAGUUCCUUACUCAUUCUCCAUAAGAUUGUGCUCGAUCUAUCCUUCUACUUCAAGCCAAGAUAUCUACAAAUCUCAAAUUUCACAGUGAUGCAAUUAGUGGUUCUGCUGCUAGAGAUAUGUCUGUCUGAAUGAUUCAGGUCUAGCUAUUUAUAUAUUCCAAAGCACUAAUAUGAUAUUAGAUAACAAUCGUUUCAUGGAAUAAGCACUUUGUUGUGCUGACUGAAUGGAUGUUCUUGGAAACAGUAAGUUAACAUAAAAUGGUGUGUACCAUAAUACAUUUUAAUGUAAUCUUAUUGGUGUUAGGAUUUUAUGUUCAA